AUGAUCUACGCGGGUGUUACCACGGCCGGUUUCCAUACUGUUGAUGAUGAUACGCUUGCCUCACUUGACGGCGAUAAGCACGGACCUGGAGUCUAUUUUGCGGCCAGUCUAGACCAGACACCAAUCGGAUCUCAGAUACAGGUCUCUAUUCGGGUUCCUGGAACGGAUCCUAGCAGACCCCGAGGAGGGGUUGCUUCUUUUUUGCUAUGUUGGGCACAUCUGUGUGGUCAGACCAGACGAUCUUACCUAGCGAUCUCCGCGUCGGACAGACAGCUAGUGGGAGCCAUAGCUUCAUACAUAAAGCACACCGGUGGCCAUCUUACGGGGUCUGACGGACAUUUAGCAUUUAGUACUUUCGGAGUGGCGUUGUGGCGCUGUUCCAGGAACAGGCCUGGGGAAAAUAGUCGGAAAAGAUACGGCUGGACCAUCUUCAACCUCGGCCCCGUGCGACGUGAUUCAUGCGGCGAUGCGUCUGCUACUGCUAUUGUGUCAUGA